GUGUGCUUAAUGACUUAGACAGUGACACUUCACAUCACUCUAGCUUACCUCUGCUUCUUUCUUUCGCAUAAAACCUGCGACUUUUUUUCUUCAAACUUGUAACCUUUGCUGGCAUCAUCUUUGUCGGCUGGAGUCACGACAUGAAGAACCUCAAAAUGUCGGUUGCAGAGGAUAAGUCUCAGUCUGAAUAUGAGAUUAUGGUGAAGAGGAAUUGCAGGAUUUGCUACCUCAGCAUGGACAUGGACAUGACAAACCAUAACAAUGAAUCAGCUGGGAAUGCCAUGACUCCCAUUGAGCUGGGUUGUUCUUGUAAAGAGGAUUUGGCUGCUGCUCACAAACACUGUGCUGAGGCUUGGUUCAAGGUCAAGGGUAACAAAGUUUGUGAAAUCUGUGGAUCCAUUGCACGCAAUGUAACUGUUGUAGCUGAAGUCCAAACGAAUGAACAGUGGAAUGAAGCAAAUAAUAAUGCCUCAAUGGUACCACCACCAACUGGACCUGCCCCCCAAGCAGAAACUAGACAUCUCUGGCAGAGCCAACGGUUCCUGAAUUUCAUUCUUUCGUGUUUGGUCUUGGCUUUUGUCAUAUCCUGGCUUUUUCACUUCAAUAUGCCCUCAUGAAAUCUUGUAUCUUCACAAAUGAAGGGGGUAACUAAGAUGAAUGAUUGCAGGUACCAAAAUCAAUUCCAGUGUCCCCAUUCUUCAUUGGAGCUUGUUCUUUGUUUACAUGCACGAUCUGUUCAUGUAAAUAAGUACAAGUAUCACAAACGUUUAUAAGUUAAUUUGUUUCUUUACCUUGAUCUGUCUCUUGUAGUAUUCUUAUCUUGGCUAUCUCCAUGUAUAAAUGUAUGAAUAGAUAGACAAACAGGACAAAUGGAGAAAAAAAUAUUAGAGACUGUAUAUUAUU